GGCAAAAAGAAGAUAAUACGAGAUCUUCAAGGAUCAGGGCAGUGAUGUCAAAACAAAAUAAAGUAGAUCAAAGAGGAAUGGAUUGGCGUUGGAGAAAAUAAAAUAGGAACGGCAUGUGCAGAUCCAACCAUGCAAUCGUGCAAAUAUUUGGUAGCAGCUCGUUGGUCACCUCAAUACUUGGCCUUUUCUGAGAAACGCAAGGAGCACGUGAACGCCUUCUUCGGAAUAGUAAGGGCCAAAAUUCACACCACGAUCGAGACCUGUAUAUAAGCAGGCACCGGUCGGUCAGAGAACAGUCAAGAAACAUUUGGGGCUUUGGGAGGAGGAAAACAGGUUUAACACAGGAGGAAAAAUCGAAAGUGAUUCGAUGGAUGGAUUGAACCAAUGGCAUGCACAUCCGGAUCCUGAGGACGAGCUGGCAUACAUGUACCAGCGGCAAGAAGAGUACGCCAUGAUGCAGGGCAUGCAGCAGCAAUAUACAUUGCCACCAGCAAUGGCGCCGCCGCCUAUAGCUGGGCCUUCCUCGUCCCGUCCUCCUCAUCCUCGUCACAGCUCCACCAGUUUCCGGGGCGGCUUUGGGGUCCCGCCGGCAUUGCCCAGCCUGCCGUUCGGAGAGGUGGCAGUGAAGAACGAUCCAGGGCAGCCGUCGUCGUCGAGCCAUCGCAUCCUCUCCUUCGGCGGGCAGCUUCCUGGCACCAUCGACAUUUCCGGAGGAGACUGGCCGGACGGCAUCGAAGCGGCGCUGCAGUUGCCGGCGCCGGAGAGGCGGAGCCGGGCGCACUUCUGGAACACGCAGAAGCAGCACGUCGUCGCCGAGCGCAAGCGGCGCGAGAAGAUGCAGCAGCAGUUCGUGGCGCUGGCCACCAUCGUCCCCGACCUCACCAAGACGGACAAGAUCUCUCUUCUAGGGAGCACCAUUGAGUACGUCAAGCAGCUUGAGGAGAAGGUGAAGACACUGAAGGGACGAAGUGCGAGACGAAGAAUGUCCAAACCCACUGUCUUCGAGAGCAAGUAUCGCAUAUCGACUGACGGUAGUGACACCUCAGGCUCCAGUGAGAGCGCCUUCAGUGCAGGUGGGUUUAGCCCGACCGUUGAGGCAAGAAUCCAUGGCGAUACCGUCCUGCUGAGAAUAUGGUGCAAGGAUAGGAAAGGAGUGCUGGUGAUGCUAAUCUCGGAGCUUGAGAAACAAGGUCUCUCUAUCAUAAACACCAGUGUUCUACCAUUCACAGACUCGUGCCUCAAUAUCACCAUCACGGCAAAGAUUGGAGAAUGCUUUUCGACAACUGUUGAGCUUGUAACCAAACUGACCACGGCUCUUAGAGGUUUCAGUACUUGAGACGGGAAAGGAAAAUGAGUAUCAAGGAAAAUGUAAAUCAAGCCUUCUGUUUGCUUUGGAAGUUAUUAUUUUUUUUCUUGUUUUUUUCUAAAGGGUAGCCGGGGAGACUGGAGAGAGGGGAUACUGAAGCACAUUUGAAACGAAUACCUUGUACAAAUCCUCUCUCUCUGCAUGCGUUGUGUUGUGUACAUUCUUUCAUUUGAUUUCUUCCGUUCAUCUUUUAAAAACAAGAACAAUAGAACAGGACUGUCAGAAUUCCAGGAGUACGAUGUCCAAAAGCAUGACAACUUACAUGAUUGAUAAACAACAAGCACUCAGUCAAGUAUAAAUGCACGAGUGAUAACAUGAUUGCAUAAUGCAUUUCAGGAAUGUUCUCUCGAGACGCAUGCACUUGAGGAUCGGAGCCCGUCUCCAAAAGGAGUACUUAGUAAUUCGAGUGAAACCGGCCGCGACAGGCGCGUUAGUGACACACUGCGGCCGGUGGAACUCGGUGCUGGAGACUAGGAACUUUGAAACAGGGAACGGCAUUCCAGCAUCUUGAUGUUUUUCAGUUUUUUUAGUAAAGACUCAAAACCGACCGGUGUCUGAGUUUACUGGUGCUUGCUGCUUAUGAUGUUCGUACUUCUUCAUUCAAAUUCCAA